AUGUAUCCCCUCCUCGAGAAACGGCGCAGCAUCACCCUCGUGCUGAGCCUGUUUAUCUCCUUCUUCCUCUGUGCUUCGUACUGGUUGUGGUCCGGCGGCGAGCAUGUGCGGCUGGUCCCGUCGUUUCAGGACGGCGAGGUGAAGGAUUUAGGGAAAGAAGUGGUGACGAAGCCGCUGCCGGCGUCGCCGGUGGAAACGGUGAAAUCGGGAAGCACGGAGCUGAGACCGGAUGAGAUUGUGCUGGCCGAGUACGAUGAGACGCCUAUACGAGAGGUGUGCGCGAAGUCAUCGUGGGCGGAUAGUCGGAAUGUCGUCGUCAACUGCGAAGCGCGCGUCGGCGGAGUCGGCAACGUACGCCAGGAAUUCCUCGUCUGCGUGCGCCAGGCCAUCGAGAUCGGCGCCUCGCUGAUCCGGCCAGACAUCAUGCUUCGCUCUGAGGGGCUGAUAGAAUACCAGAACGGCCCGGUUCACAACAUGUCAUACCUCUUCAACCUCGAGCUGUUCGACGCGCGGCUCCGCUCCGCAUGCCCCCACAUGCCUAUCUACAAUGACCUAGCAGAGGUUGAGCGAGUCGGAGAGAUCGCCCGCGUAGGUCGGCCCUGGGACUUACCUAAGGAACAGGGCGUACAGCUAUCAUUUACUGCGUGGGCGAAGUUGAAUCGCCAGGCCCAGGAUAAAAUCACUGUUAUCACCAUGCCGCGGAUAACAGGGCAGACACCCAUCGACGCCGUCAACGUCGGGUAUACCAGUUUCGAAGAGCAGACCGCCGCCUACCUCGCCUUCAUCGCCGCUAGUCCUAUCCGCACCAUCUACGCGGCGUCGGGUAACACCACGUCGCUUGAACUCUUCGCCAUCGAAGCGGCGAAACUAUCCCCCCCCGCUACAGUGGUGGCGAAGGGGGGUUUGCUAGUCGGAGCGGAUAAAGCCGCGUUAGAGGCGUUGACGUGGGAUCAGCAAGCCCUCGUCGACUAUCUUGUGUUAGAGAAGGCGGCGCGGUUCGCGGGCGUGAGCGACUCUUCAUUUUCCUGGGGAAUCGCGUAUGCGCGCCAGGUUGUGAGCGUGGAGGCGGGGACGUGUAAGAGUGCCGCGGGGUUGGAGAAGGGGGUGCAGUUCCGGGAUGAGCUGUCGACGGUUUUUGGGAGGCCGAGGGAUUGGCAUAUGGAUAAGCUGUGGCCGUGA